AUGGCGGACGAGGAAAAUAAUUGUGACGAUAGUCCUGGUGAUUUGAAAGCGGGGGAAGGUCUUCGUUUGCGGGGCCGCAAAGGCUCGCUGGCUGGUGAGGAAGGUAGCUAUGAGGAGCUCGCAGCGCUGAGAUCACUUCUCCAUUUCCCUGAAGAAGUCGCUCUACGGCUCACGGACACUGAAUAUAAGAUAUUCUAUCAGGUGCCACCUAUCGACUACCUCCGUCAAGUGACACUGAACCUUGGCGGAGAAGGUGUCUUGGGCGCGGUCAGCGAGCGACAAAUGAUACGCCGAGCACCGCCCACACACACACCGCAAGCACGAAGUACUGUUAGAACUUUAAUCAGAAGGUUUGACGAGGUAUCAGCGUGGGUGACUGAACUGGUGCUGUCAGCGAUGCCUGAAGAACGGAAGGCGACUCUCGCUAGUAUACUUCGAGUUGCCCUCACCUGCUGGAAUAUUGGCAACUUUAACGGCGCAAUGGAGAUUGUCGCUGGACUUAAGUCCAAGAAGUUGAAAGCAUUCUGGUUCACCGUAUCCGAUGAGCCUCUACCAGCUUUGGACUUCCUCUCCGCCGCGCUGUUAUCAGCGGAAUACGAGCGCGCCCUGGGCCGAGCACUAGCUAUGCCUGAAUGCAGACUAAUACCGUUCUUUGGAGCUUUUCUUAGGAAAUUAAGAGAAAUUUUGGCAACAACGCCAUCUUUGACCAGCAGCCAUUCUGUCACCUCUACACCCACUCCAACACACAAAAGAGAGUUCAAAAGAGAUUCACUUAAAGAAGAAAGUCGAACACCACCAAGAAAAGACAGCAGAAGGGAGAGUAAGAAAAUCGAUCAGAGUACAACAACAAGUCCGAUGAGGAGCAGUUGUAAACGAGAUCCGAGACUUACCGAGAGCGACAGACAAGUGUACAUAGCGUCAUUCGACGAGGAAGGUGAGCAGGAGCCGGGCUGGAGACGGGUCGGUCCCGAGGGUCUGGUCAACUUGGAGAAGGUGUACCGCACGCAGGCGGUGAUGGACCACAUCGCGAGUAUUCAUCAGCACAGAUAUGCUCUAGCCAGGACCACGCAGCCGGUCUUCGGGGAUUAUUUAAGAACAGCAAUCACCACAUGCGAGGAGCCGGUCUUCGCGCCGUCACAGAAGACCAGUGGGGGGGAGUUUGAGAAUGAAGCUCUAUACGAAUUAGAGGGGGGAGGAUACUGCCCCGUGCAGCCUCUACCGCACGACCACGGAGUUACCAUGUUCCCCCUCGCGCCACAGAAUGGAGAAAGAAUGGAUAGACAUGUUUUACAGAUAAUGCAUCACGGUACCGCUUGUGUGGUAGGAGAAGCAGAAUGGAGUGGUACCUUUGCUCAUCUGAGACUAGAGCGUGCUUGUGCAUUACUAACCUGGUGUAGAACAGCACACAGACCUCAGUCACAACAUGGUGAAACUCCAUCAGAAAAUAUCCAGCAACCAGAAAUAAAUCUUUCUUAUAACCCUGAGGAAGUCAUUCCAAUUAAAUACACAGCACAUCUCGCUCAUGAAAACGAAGCUGGAAUUGUAGGUGAUGAAGGGUUCAUAGACCUGCAGUGUGUCAAAGACAUGCGUUUAGGUGGAAAACUAUUAGAACCGCGAGAUAUCUUGGAGCUGGUCUCCUGCGGGAAGAGACACGGCUUGGAUGACUGCGGAACUCCUCGCAUCAUCACAUUAGUGUAUGGAAGAACAUUAAGUGACAAUAGAAUUGUACAUUUCUUAUUACCGGCUUAUUCUUAUAGGGUGUGGGCAGUAGGUCUUCACGCGGUGAUCAGAGCUCUGAUGACACAAACGAAGCUCGCGGACAGGAGCCUCGCCUGGCUCAAAAACAAAUACACAGCAUUAUAUUAUGAAGAUAAUUGUUGCUGUGAACCUGUUGUUUCUGAUGCUAUCAGAGUGUUUGGUGGUAGGGAAUCCGCAUGCUCUGCAUCAUCACACUCCACUCCAGUUCGGGGAGCUUAUACCGAUUCUCAUUCCGACUCACUAAGGACAUCUGGGAUCAAAUUCAAGAAAAAUAAAUCGACUUCCGAAUUGAAGAGUUCACCAAAGAACUAUGGCGCGAUUUCUGGUCUUCGAGAAGAUGAUAUACCUCAAGGAUCACCGAGACACAGUUCUUACUCAGCGGCGGCUGGUCAUCAUCAGCACUGCCCGCCGAGACACAGCAGCCUCACUACCGCCGCCACCACCAUCAUGUCAGGGUCUCCUAACAGGAGUAGUUUACGAAGAUUGGACACAAGUGAGAGAUUCUGGGAACAUCUGAAGAAUUUACGAACUGGUUCUGUAAAUUACGACACACAAUUGGAUUUUAUUGAUUUUGUCGCCCUCUUCAGGAGUUUUAGUUUAGUGAUGCGUUCAGAAUUGCGGGACGUGUUCGAGCAGCUGGCGGUGCCGCGGCCGCGCUGUCCGCUGCUGGCGGAGAAGAGCCGCAGCUCGCCGGAACUGUUCCGCAGCAAGACUGCUUUCAGAACAGGUCUACUAACAAGAAACGGGUCUUUAGAUCUGGAUCCGCCAAGUGAUAAAGCCAGCAGGAAGAAAGACUUUGAUCUGUUAGCAGCUGCUGCAUUACCAGGAGCAUGUCCAGAUAUGAGCGGGCGCGUGCUCUCUCUGCCGACGCUGGGCAAGUUCUGUGAGACGAGACAGAAUGAGCCCAAGAACGAACAACAAUUGAAAGAUAUUAUACAGAGACAUGAACCAGAUCCAUCUCUAAGAGUGGAGAAUUGUCUGUCUUUUGAAGGUUUCGUUCGGUUUUUAACCGACAAAGAUAAUUACGCUUUCGUUCCUGAACAGAGAAGGCAGCAAGUUAACAAUUUUUUCGGAAAACCAUCUCAAGAAGAAGAAGAGAAGAGCAGAACCAUGUCCAGACAGAUGGAGGGACCUUUAAGUCAAUAUUAUAUAGCAAGCAGUCACAACACUUACUUAACUGGACAUCAACUUAAAGGAGAAUCUUCCGUAGAAUUGUACAGCCAAGUGUUGCUGACUGGCUGCAGAUGUGUGGAACUGGAUUGCUGGGAUGGAGACGAUGGCAGUCCAGUCAUCUAUCACGGACACACCUUCACUACUAAGAUACCUUUUAGAAGAGUCGUGGAAACUAUUGCCAGGAGUGCAUUUGUUACAUCUCCGUAUCCGUUGAUUUUGAGUAUCGAAAAUCAUUGCAGCUUACCUCAACAGCAAGUAAUGGCGAGCACGUUUGAGGCAGUGUUCGGAGAGCAGCUGGUGACGUCAUUCCUGUUCGAAGUUGACUACACAGACGAACCUCGGCUGCCCAGCCCUGAACAACUCAAGUACAAGGUGCUGAUUAAGAACAAGAAGCUUCUACCAAUAGAGUCCAGCCCCACAAUCGGACUGACGGGAGCCAGUUCAGCGCAAGGAUAUGGAGGUGUUCUGGCCACGGCGUUCAGGUCCAACGGUAUCAGGCACACCAGCGCCUCUCUGCCGGAGCAGAGCAACCGCACCAGUUCUAUAAUGUCCAACCAGUCCGCCGGCAGCUCGCUCACUGAAUACUUCUCUGAUGAAGAUUAUGAUGAAGAUGAUGAAGAUAUUGAUGAAAAGGAACUCCACAAGAUUCUGAAUUCAAUGGAAGAGAAAGUCGGUCGGACCUCUCUCUCGCUCUACCAGAGUUUACGCAGGAGUGAGGGAGAUGGUGAAGCUGGAGGGAGCAUUAAACACGCCAACAGGAAAAGGAGCAAUCAGAUAGCUAGAGAACUAAGUGAUAUGGUUACUUAUGUACAGGCGAUAAAGUUUCGCGGCCUAAACCCGUUGUCGCCGCGUAGUUCAGUGAAGCACGCGGGGGGUGCGGGGGGUGUGGGAGGUGCAGGGGGUGCAGGGGGUGCGGGCAGACACGAUGCCAGCGCCCCCGCUAGCAGCUUCGAGUCAUCUGAAAGUAGUGACAGUACCGCCACGCAAGUAGCCCAGUGUCAGUCCCGAGCGCGGUGUCUCAGUACUCCAGCAGUGCACCAUCCCUGCUACCGAUGCUCCUCUGUCAACGAGGCUAUGGGCAGGAAGAUUUGCAGGAAACAUCCUCUAGCUCUCAUAGCUCAUACUGAAACACAACUCGUCAGAACUUAUCCCGCCGGCCUAAGAAUAGAUUCAUCAAACUUCGAUCCAGUGACUUUCUGGUCGUGUGGAGUUCAGUUAGUUGCACUGAACUACCAGACGGAGGACGCGGCGAUGGCGGUGAACGCGGCCAUGUUCGAAGGCGAUGGCUGCACCGGAUAUGUGCGGAAACCACACGUCAUGUGGGACACGGGACACAUCGCUUAUAGAAGGUUCAAUCCAAUGGAUAAAGAAUUCGAUGGCAUCCACGCAGCCCAUCUCACUCUAGCAGUGAUUUCAGGACAAUAUGUGGCUGAGAAUGUUUAUUCCUUCUAUAACGCGUUCGUUGAAGUCGAAGUGUUAGGUGUACCAGCUGACUGCAAGAAGAUUAGAACUAAAGUUGCAAGAAGAAACGCUCUUAAUCCAGUAUGGAAUGAGACGUUUAAUUUUAAGAUAAAUUUCCCCGAGCUGGCUUUUGUUAGGUUUGAGAUCUACGACGCGGAUACCAACUACAUGUUGUCUCAACGAGUCAUUCCCCUGCACUGCCUCCGCCCAGGGUACAGACACGUCAGGUUACGAUCCCCAAGCAACCAGCCACUAAACAUGGCGUCUCUGCUGAUCUUCUCGCGCUGCAGCGAGGAGUCAGCGGGCGGGGGCUGGCGGGAUUCUGAGCCGGGCUCUGCCGCGCAGCGCUGCAGGAUACACUUCUUGGUGGUGUACGCCGUCGCCAGGCACGAACCUUACUCCAUAUUGAAAGUGACGCAAGAUACCACAGCUAAUGAGGCGAUAGCACAAUGUCUAACAAAAGGCGGCGUGUGCCGCUCAGCGCGCGCCAGCUACGUGCUGGUGGAGGAGGUGGCUUCGCGCGCGCCCACUCAGCGCGUGCUGGCCCCGCACGAGCGCGUGCUGCGCGCCGCCACCGCGCGCCCAGCGGCCCGCCUGCUGCUCAAGAGGGUGGGCGACGACCCCAGCAGUAGAGCCUGGCUGACUAGCAUACGUAGGUCAGCGUCUACUGACAGGCCUCAAGAACGCUCCUUGCCUUCGGAUGAGGAGUCCAGCGCGCAGGAGGAGGAGCCUCGCCGACCUGACAGCUUCCUCGUCUGCGUACAUAAUGUGUCCCAUGAGAUACCGUACGCAAUACUUAAGGUACCUCUCAGUGCAACUGCUUCUUAUGUGGUAUACCAAGCAUUAACUAAAGCAAGAUGUCACGAUGAUCCUAAAAGGUUCGUGCUGGUUGAGGAGUUGGAGUGGGGCGGCCGAGCUGGUGCUGGUCCUCAGCAGCGGCCCCUAGCUGAUGAUGAAGUGGUCUACGCUGCACAGGCGUGUUGGAAGACUUUGGGCAGAUUUGUGCUGCAGGAGAAGGGCACCAGCGCGCCGCUGCCGCGACAUCGCGCCGCCAUCGCCCGGAUACAGCGCGGCCUCAGCAUCACCAGGGGAGCUAUCGCUGGUACAACAUUCCCUCUGGGGUUCAUAUCGAGUGAUAACACAAUGAAUGAAGGCAAGACUCCCGUCACCACCGCGUACAGUGACCCUACACAUUGUAGAAGGGUGUCAACAUCUCCUUUGGGUAAAGGCAUCGGUCGAGCAAAGGGUCACUCUGAUAAAGACAUUCGCUCCUUUAUUGGCCGGAGAUCAGUAACAAGAGAGGUAGAGUCUGAGGGCGAGGCGGGUGCGGGGGGUGUGGGGGGGUCGCCGGGGGCGGAGGCGCUCGCAGCUCAGAUGGCGCGCUUCAAGAGACUCUCUUUACGGAAACUACGUGCGUGGAGAUCCUGAGUGUGGCAGGUAAUACGUCGUCUCGGCACCAGCCUGGCGAACCAUCGAGCCUCGCUCUCAUCAGAUCUUGGCUCGCUCUGGGACUUCAUC